AUGUUGUCCCGGUGCGGUGCAGGCCCCAGUGACACCGGGGAAGAUGCCCGCUGCAGGUCUUCGCCGCGAGUUUCUUGCCUGUGCAGCGCUGACGCGAUGCGGUGCAUCGCGCACAUGGACAUGGACUGCUUCUACGCUCAGGUGGAGGCGGUGCGCCUCGGCGUGGACUGCCGCGUGACGCCGUUUGCGCUCGUGCAAUGGGGCAGCUUCAUCGCGGUGAACUACCCGGCCCGUGCGCGUGGGGUGAGGCGGUUUUGCCUCUCGCCGGACGAGGUAAGGCGCGAGCUGCCGGAUGUUCGGAUGUCGCACAUCGCCACAUACGCCAUGGGCGAGUCCGAGUACUGCUACCCCGAGGCUCCGCACAUCAACACACACAAGGUGUCCUUGGAGCCGUACCGGCACGCGAGCCGACAGAUCUUUGCCAUUCUCCGUGCGGAGCCCGGGGUGGUUGUCGGGAAGGCCGGCAUUGACGAGGCGUACGUUGACGUGACGGAGGCGGCGCGACGGGAACUGGCGGAGGUGCGCGCUGCCGCCGCGGGUGCCUCGCUGGACCCGCUGGAGGACGUGAUGGAGCCGUCGACGCGGCUGAUUGAGGACCGGCGCGCGGAGAUGGAGGCGUGGCUCAGCGCCCGCGGGACGUCGCUGGCUGCUGUGUUCGACGAGCCGAUGCGGGCCCUGGUGCGUGGCGAGUGCGGGGCUGAGCUGGAGGGAAGCCGCGCCUUCUGCGUUGGCGCGGACGACGCUGCGUACGCGGAGCGGUGCCUGCUGCUGUGCGCUGCAUCGCGCGUUGUGCACCGGCUGCGGCAGCGCAUCUACGCGGAGCUGCACUACGACUGCUCUGCUGGGAUUGCGCACAACCGCGUGCUUGCGAAGUGCAUCAGCGCGACGCACAAGCCGAACCAGCAGACGCUGCUGCUGCCUGACCGGAGUGCGAGUGCGCUGUUUGAGCUGCCGCUGAGUGGGCUGCGCGGGUUUGGUGGCAAGCUCGGCGCCGCUGUGAGCGCUGUGUGCGGCGGUGUGACGGAGUGCCGCGAGGCGUGGCUUGUGCCGCUUGCGCAGCUGCGCAAGCUUGACGGGACGUGUGAUGCGGGCGACGGCGAGGAUGCUGAGGGUGACAGGGAGGGCCACGUCGAUGAAGCCUCUGCGGCUUGCAGGGGGGACACCAAAGUCGACAAUGGUGGCGGUGGCGAGGACGGCAUGGUUGCCCAGAGCAGAACGGGUGUGUACGCCUUCUACCGCUUGCGCGGCUUGGGUAGCGACACUGUCGCUGAUCCGGCGUUGCCGCGGGGGAUGAAGGCGAGUAAGAUCUUCCACCCAGCGUGCAGCUCGUGGUCCGCGGCGCAGCUGUGGAUGGCGCCUCUGGCAGGGGAGCUGUGGCACCGGUUGAGCGAGUACGAGUCGUGCUACCACAAAGAGGGCCGAAGUUUGGUGCUUGUGUUGCGUGCGUACGUCACCCCUGAGCAGGCGCGUCGUGGGCAGCACACUCGAUCCUAUCGCGCGCAAGUGCCCCUUCCGACGAACGUGCGGGACGCCAGCGAGAUCGCAGGUAUGGGGUUGCGUGAGUUUGUGAAGCUUAUGCGAGAGGUGACCACGAGGGGCAAGGAAGGCGAGCGGAGGCCGGGAUCGCCGGCACCACUGCCGUCGCAGCAUAUUCCCACUAAUCCUCCGAGUGAAGCACCCGAUGCACCAACGGGCAUUGCCGUGCCUUCGAGCGGUGUGUUGACGAUGCCUCCCCUCCAUGUCAUUGAGCUCUCGAUCAUCGGACUUCGUCUGCGUCCACUGCAGGCGACGGAAGGGGGCAACGACGGCAUCACAGGCCAUGCUGACGGAGGGACGUUGGCGUCAUCGCAGCGUUCCCUGACGGACAUGUUUUCGGCGCUCUCGGCCAGCGCAGCAGGAUCUGUACGCACAGCCGUGCCUGGCGGGGGUUCACCGCGAAAGCGACACCGGAACGGCACACGGGAUGGGGAAGUUGCGCAUGGGCGGGGACGAGGGGUCGUCGUGGAGAUCGACGAUAGUGACGAGGACGAAAACGUCAGCGAUGACUGCGUCGACUUCGACGUCCAUCUCGGCGAGGCCACAGAGGGCAAGAGGAGCGACACGCCAUCUCACCGGGGGCAGUCCGCGGGUCCAGCUGGAGCUUCAUCCCCGCCGCUGAUGCGUACGCUCGAUGACCUUUUUUGUAGAGCCACAGCGGCUCCUAGCGCCUCUGCUGCAGAGACGGCGUCUGUGCCGACACGCGCAGUCAGGCAGGUGACAACGGUGUGCGUCGAGGAGGACAACGCGGUGGUAUGGGUGCCCCAGCAGAGUUGCGUGAGCUUCACCGAGGUGAGUUCCGAAGAAGACGAGGCGAUAUCGUGA